ACAGUAGCCCCACCCAAGAGUUGACUCAGUGCAACAGGGCAGCUUCAGCUCUCUCUGGUUUCAUCUCCAACCUAACCAAUCAGCACUCCUGACUCACUGGCCCCUCACCCACCAAGUUAUCCUUAAAAACCCUGAUCCUUGAAUGCCGAAGGAGACUGAUUUCAGUAAUAAUAAAACUCCAGUCUCCUCCACAGCCAGCUCUAAGUGAAUAACUCUUUCUCUAUUGCAAUUCCCCUGUCUUCAUACAUUGGCUCUGUCUAGGCAGCAGGCAAGGUGAAUCUGUUGAGCGAUUACAGUAACAAUACCAUAACAAAGGCACAAGAAAAGGCUCAUGGCUGAUUUAAAAUGUAGAUUCUAUUCUUCUUCUGAACAGAUCAGGAGUUGACUGCUGUUGAAAGGAGAUUUUAGUGUGCUCAGAACCCAAUACAAGGGGCCAUGACACACCAUGGGGCUGGAGGCACAUGGGAAAUACCAGGGUUAUUCAAGAGACAGAUGGAGUGGAGGAAAAUAUGAGCAGGAGUCUAUUCUGGUUUCUGAAGGAAGACAAGGAAGACAGGAGAGAUGGGCUACUGCCUUCCUCAUCAACAAAGUGCCCCUUCCUGUUGACAAGUUGGCACCUUUACCUCUGGACAACAUUCUUCCCUUUAUGGAUCCAUUAAAGCUUCUUCUGAAAACUCUGGGCAUUUCUGUUGAGCACCUUGUGGAGGGGCUAAGGAAGUGUGUAAAUGAGCUGGGACCAGAGGCUUCUGAAGCUGUGAAGAAACUGCUGGAGGCGCUAUCACACUUGGUGUGAUGUCAAGAUAAAGAGCGGAGGUGGAUGGGGAUGGAAGAUGAUGCUCCUAUCCUCCCUGCCUGAAACCUGUUCUACCAAUUAUAGAUCAAAUGCCCUAAAAUGUAGUGACCCGUGAAAAGGACAAAUAAAGCAAUGAAUACA